GGUGAUUUCAACAACGCGACAAGUGAAAGUCAUUACAUAGUGUUGUCAUGGUGAAGACUCUGUUGGUAGUGGUUACCUUGGUAACGUUUCUGACGGAAAAUCUAUGUAAUCAGCAACCUGGAUUGAACAGCAAGCACCAGGUCCGUCAAAAUGGCGCUGAACAUCUUUACAACUAUCCGGCUUUGAAAAACCAUAACGAUCGAUCUGUUCCUCGCGUCAGCAAUAAUGUGCCAAACAACCAAAUUUAUUGGAACAACUUUUUGAACAAGGUUUCUUUAUCAGAUGGAGGUAACCGAAAGGACAAGAAUCAAUUUGCUAAUAUCAACCCCAAUGAGACAAAACGCGAAAACGACAGUUUGAAGUUGCCAAAACAACAGAGAAAAAAUCUUCUUGCAAAAGUCAUCAAGAAGACUUCUAUCAAUCCAGAAGCAAACCCAGCUAAUGACGAUGUGACGGCAUCGAAAAGGGUGGCUCCUGUUGUAACGGGCGCAUUAACAAAGUUGGCGGGAAACGAGAAGGUCCAAGAAGCCGUAGUCGAUAAAGGAAUCGAAGUAGCGGGAAAACUGGUUGACAAAUACUUUGAAAAUAUUGACGAAGCUCAAAAAAAAUCCUCAGAAUUUCUUAAGAAACAAAUUAAACUUGAUAUAAUGCCAGACAAAGGAUGGGAAACUGAAGAUAUGUUUGUUCCUCCUGGAUACCACAUCAAUGCCGAAGUUGAAGGUUCAGAACCAUCAACCGGUGCUGAUGACACGGUACAACCCUAUAACUACCCGGCAGGCAUUGGGGGUGUAUUAAUGAAUGGUUGCUGGGGAACUGAUUAUAAAGAGGGAGACCCGUGUUAUAAUGCGAUGGAAAAAACUGAGCAGUGCAGAGAUAUGAUUGAUGGUGCUGCAUUUAUUGGUGUUGGUUUUGAUGGUCGUGGUCAAUACAGCCCUGAGUCCAGGAAGAUGAGUAUUAUCCAGAGAAGCUGUGGUGGACAUUCAUCAUAUGAUAAUCUUCAAGUGCCAGACACGAUGAACGUUCACGGAAUCUACGAUACUAGUGCACACAUGACCGUAUUUACGUCACGAUCUGAGUAUCAAAAGUAUUUACAAAAUGAAGCAGGAGUGUCAGGGUCCGUCUUGGGGUUCUACGCUGGUGUCAAGACUGCGUGGGGAAGCUCCGAAAGCGGCGCAAAACAAACCAAUCUUGCCAUCUUUGAUAUCGAUGUGGACAGAUACGAGAUUUUUCAAGAUGAAGUCAAGCCACAGGAUCUGAGCAGAAGUUUCUUAAGAGAAUUUAUUAACCUUCCAAACUCCUAUUUUGAACCUGGAGCACCAGCUAAAUUCCAGGACUUCAUUCUUCGGUGGGGAACUCACUACACCAAGUCUGCCAGAUUUGGUGGUCAGCUGGAACUACGGAAGACACAAUUGGCAAGCAUGACCGCCAGCAAAGAAGAAUUUGCCGAAGAGAGUGAGACUGAAUUCAAAAGUCUGUUUUGGAGUGCAGGAGCAAAAUCAAGCACCAAAUCUGGCAGCUCGUCUAAAUCGCAACGAAACUACAUGUCUACAUCUGUAGUUGUGCAAGGAGGAAGUCAGAGAAUAGCAGCGGUGAUUUCUGAUAUGUAUUCACCUACAUUCAAGACUGAAUUCACAGCUUGGCUUGAAAGCAUCCCUGCCUACCCCAAGGCCUUCAAGUUCCUUAUGGGAUCUGUCACUGAUCUGUUGAAUUUCCGUGGCAAUGAUUUGUUUCCUGACGAAACCAUCGUAUGGGGAUGCGAAAUCAAUAAAGACAAACUAAUUAAUGACGAAAAGUCUGGCAAGAGCUACUACAUGAAUCAAAAUAAAAGAGUUUACUGUGAGUUCUCGAGUCGAGAGGAGAUGGAAUACAGUUUAAAACGCAAACGCGUGAGUCUGAAAAGAGCGAUUGAAGUCUACAUGGAAGAGGGCACCAUGUCCAUAUCUGAUGUCAGUCUGCCCGCUGGAGAAGCCGGGUGCCAAAGUAGAAACCCUGAAUAUCAAUCAGAAACCACGAAGCCUUCCUGGGACGAGAUGACAAAAAAACACAAACGCUUUCAUGUAAUUUUUGACAUGCUGAAAGACCUCAGAGGGGCUAUUCAUGGUGGCAUAGAUAUCCCAAAGUCCAUGUCAAGAAUCGUUCAAUUCAGUCAAGGAAAAUGGUAUACAACAAAUGAAAAUGGAGAGUUUCAUAUUUAUGAUGGUUUUAACAAUGGUGGAAGCGGUGACAAAACAAAUAAGAAAAUCUCCAUAUUUGGUCUCGUUCUGCAGUAUGACGAAAGCGAAGGUAGUCUUGCUCUAAACCAAGCAGAUUAUGCAGUAUCUCAAAGGUAUUUUCCAGAACUUAGUGAAAUUUUGAAGGGAAGACAGCUCGCAAGGGUCGAGUGGCCAACAGCUAAUUCUUUCACGAAAAGUAAUCAACGUGCUUUAGGGCAGUUACCGUGUAAUCUCCAGUGGUCCAACGGGCUCAGGUUUGACCCAAGUGACCGUAAUGGCAAAUGCCUUCAUUUCACAGCUUCUACCAAAGGUGCUCUGUAUGUAGUUUUCUCGGCAGUUCCCAGUAACAAAGACGCCUGGUACUACGUCGAGAUAUCACCAUUUGGAGUUGCCAUCUACAAGUCACAACGACUUAAAGUAUCUACUGUCAAUACCAAUGCUGUAGCCCUAGGAGACGCCCUCUUGUACCAGUCAUACUUUGUCUGUGUUACUGAGUCACCAACAAGUACCGUCAUUGAGUAUGGCAAGUCCCAGGGCACCACCGACAGUGGAGAUGUCUACUUGACCAUGAUCGAUCACGAUCAGCCGCUACAUGUUCGCUUUUAUUCCUUUGCUAAUGGAGAAGAAUCAGCACAAAUAGUAGACUCUCAUGUUGUAUCUCGUAAGCUAACCGCCGCAGACUGUAAAGGAGAUACGUACAGAGAUAAGGAGGAGCCAAACUGUGUACAGAGAUGUCACGAAGCUUGUGCCCCUUUAGCAGGAUGCAAGUCUCAUUCGCAAGGUAACCCAAAAGCGUCUGAAUGUAAUGAAUGUCGCUACGCAAAAGAUCAGAGUGAUGUCUGUAUUACCGAGUGUCCUGCUGGACAAAAGCCAAAUAAACAAAAAAACUGCAUGGAGUCUUUCGAUUUGAAAUUCAAGCAGGAUACAGGAUUUGAAGAUUCCGACAUAACUGGCUUUCCAACCCUAAACGAGAUGGCCAUCUGCUUUUGGAUUAACUCCCAAGGCGCAGAGGACAAUCAUUAUGUUGUUUUGAAUUACGUAAACAAGGGUGAAGCUCACACCUUGUUCCAAAUCAAUGCUGUUGUAAAGCGCGACGUGAAAAUAAGUUAUUAUAUUGGUGAAAAAGGUAAACAACCUAAUAGUGGACGCUUUCUGAAAUUCAAAAAAGACGACAAAUGGCACCUAUACUGUGUCAAUAGAGAGAGCAGCACAGGCAUCAUGAGUCUUUUCAUUGAUGGAAAAAACGUCCUCCGCCCUACUAUUACUCUCAUCGAACAGCCGGGAAGAGUUCCAGAGGCUGGAGGAACGAUGCAUUUGGGAGGAUUCAGGGAUAAAAAUUUCCGUGGCAAGAUAUCGGGUGUCAAUAUUUGGAACAGAUUGUUAACGGAAACUGAAAUUUCCAAAAUGGCAGAAUCCUGUGGCGACGCUGCAGGGAAUGUCAAAGACUGGUUUGACAUCAAGAGUGAGCUGACAGUCAGUAAAUACACUUUAACCGCUCCCUCUGCUUGUAGGGCUAACAACUGAGAGUCCAAAGAGCCGUUAGAUUCUGAAGACCUCGAAGCAGCUUUGCCAAUGAAAUGUAACAGAAUAUCGAUAAUCAAAAUAAAAGCUAAAUGUUAGAUGGAAA